CAGUCAAAACAAGGCCAUCAUCAUAUGAAAUGGCGAUGUCCAUCCUUCAGCAUGGAGCUCUACCUUCCGCAUGACAUCCUCCCUGCAAUCUGUUAUUUAUCUUUGAAACCCAGCUUAAUUGCCACCAACUUCACUCAAGAUGCCACCAGCAAUUGGAGGCCCUCAGGGAUACACCCCACCAGAAGGAGGAUGGGGAUGGGCGGUGGUCAUCGGAGCCUUCAUCUCCAUUGGCUUCUCCUAUGCAUUUCCCAAAUCAAUUACUGUGUUUUUCAAAGAGAUUGAAGUCAUCUUCAAUGCAUCGAGCAGCAAAGUCUCCUGGAUCUCCUCCAUCAUGCUGGCUGUUAUGUAUGCAGGAGGUCCCAUCAGCAGCAUCCUGGUGAACAAGUAUGGCAGUCGGCCAGUAAUGAUUGCUGGGGGCUGUCUGUCCGGGUGUGGCUUGAUCGCAGCCUCUUUUUGUAACACUGUGGAAGAGCUAUACUUCUGUGUUGGGGUUGUGGGAGGUCUUGGGCUUGCAUUUAAUUUGAACCCAGCCUUGACCAUGAUUGGCAAGUACUUCUAUAAGAAACGUCCAUUGGCCAAUGGAUUAGCUAUGGCAGGUAGCCCUGUAUUCUUGUCUACACUGGCCCCCCUGAACCAGUUUUUCUUCAGUAUAUUUGGCUGGAGGGGGAGUUUUUUAAUUCUUGGUGCCCUUUUGCUGAACUGCUGUGUAGCUGGAUCUCUGAUGCGACCUAUAGGCCCCAAGCCAGAUCAGCUGAAGAAAGAGGUCACAAAAGAAGUAUUGCAGGAAGCAGGGAAGUCAGCUAUGAAAGCGGAUGAAGGAGCUGGCGAUGCCAGUGUGGACCUUAUUGCUGGAAAGACGAAGAAGCAGAAGCUCACAGUUUACCAGAGGAUUAACAAGUUCUUGGAUUUGUCCCUGUUUACACACAGAGGCUUCUUGCUCUAUCUGUCUGGCAAUAUGAUUAUGUUCUUUGGACUGUUCACUCCCUUAGUCUUCCUCAGCAAUUAUGGCAAGAGUAAACAGUUUGGUAAUGAGCGGUCUGCCUUUCUGCUUUCCAUUCUGGCCUUUGUAGACAUGGUGGCUAGGCCUUCCAUGGGACUGGUGGCAAACACCAAGUGGGUCAGACCGAGGGUCCAAUAUUUCUUUGCUGUCUCUGUGGUGUAUAAUGGACUGUGCCACCUCCUGGCACCCUUUUCCACCACCUAUGCUGGGUUUUGCAUCUACGCUGGGUUCUUUGGAUUUGCCUUUGGCUGGCUCAGCUCUGUCUUGUUUGAAACACUGAUGGAUUUGGUUGGUGCUCAGAGGUUCUCCAGUGCUGUCGGGCUGGUGACAAUUGUGGAAUGCUGUCCUGUGCUCCUAGGACCACCUCUCCUAGGUAAACUCAAUGACAUGUAUGGUGACUACAAAUACACAUACUGGUCAUGUGGAAUCAUCUUGAUCGUCUCUGGGAUCUACCUGUUUGUGGGAAUGGGCAUCAACUACCGGCUGUUGGAGAAAGAACAAAAGGCAGAGGACAAGCUGAGAAACGAAGGAAGAGAGGAGGAAACAAAUAUCGAUGAGGCCGAGAAACAAAAAGAGGCCGAGAAACAAAAAGAGGCAAACGAUGUGGCCAACGUGUCGCAGAAAAACACAGAAGAUAGCAUAAAAGAGGAGGAGAGUCGCAUGUGAGGAACUGAGUUUAAUCCUGGAGGGUUGGAGGAAGUGCUUUUCCUUUAAAACAGUGUCUGGGGAAAAUGCUGUGCUGAUAGUGAGCAGUCAUCAGAAGUGUAUAAACCAGGUGUUCAUUUUUAAACAAAGCUCUCUGUUUUUCCAUCUGGAUUCAACAGCGGUAACAGCUACAUGUGCCAUAUCCUCUUACUUGGGUGGGAAACUUUUUUUUAUAUUCUUGCUUUUUUUAACAGUAACGUGAAUGUACUAAUAGGUGCCUUAAAGUUUCCACCUCUAGACUACUCUGGAAGAGCCUUAACGCGACUCUGUAAACCAUGUUUCAGUUAGUUUUGUGAUCUGCUUAGGGUAUGUCUGUUUUUUAAAGCCAUAAAAAAGGAUACUGGAUAUUUUGAGGCUCAACUGGCUUCAAUGCUGAGUCUAAAAUGAAUACUGCUUCACAUACUUCUUAACUGCCAGACUCUUAGUGGAAGUUGGGAUAUUUUUGGGGUGGGUUAGUGGGAGGGGCGGUCUUAAAACAAGACAAAAUCCAAACUCCUUUGGAUGCCAGACACCACCUGGCUCUAUUUGUAGGCUUUUCUAGCACCUCUUGAAAACAUUUUUAUCUACUGUAGUUUUUUAAACAUCCCCCUUUAGUUAAAUUUUGAUGGAACACUUGGGUUGGAGUUGAUGACUGAAAUUAAUAACUAUCUUCACUCCACUCCUUUUGGGGUGGAGCCUCAUUUUAUUGUGAUCAUCCCAUUUUCAUAAAUGACACUUGCUGAUGCAGGAAGGUUUCAGGUUUAGAUCAUCUCACUUUUCCUAGGCAAAGAAAUUUCCAAACUCUGUCUUUGUGAUGCCUCUCUUUAAAGUAACACUAUGAAACCAAAUGGGUACAAAUGCAGAAGGUUGAGUUGUUUAGUUAGGAACCUGCUUUAGUCAUAACUAAAGGAAUCAAUGCUGGUAUGUAUCUGGUCUGUGCAUUCGUCUUUCCAAUCCUAUCACUGAGUGUAGCUUUGGAAUUGGAAGUCUUCCGCUGCUGCUUCAUUUAGGAAAUCAGCAUCUCUACCAGUGUGGGCCAGUACUACUGUGUCCCUUCCUCUUCCCCUAGCCCUGACCCUGAGCUUCCUAAGAGGUGGCAUUUCUGUCCUGAGUCUUCCUUUAGACUAUGCACCCCCUCAGUAAAAUCGAGCAUUCUACUCUUCAUAGAGCUCUGUUCCAAACAAGAUGUUGCAAAAGGCUUGCUGGCCUUCUAGGAUGGAUCCCACUCCUUCCGAAGUCAACAGCAGAACUUCCAAAUGCUUCAGUGGGAGUGGAGUUGGCUUUUAGCAAGGGGUUGUCAGUUCUGUUACAUACUCUCAGAGCCUCUCCUGUGUUCAGAGCAUGGUUGACUCCCUUACUGGUAUGGAUCUGGUCUUGAGUAUGUGGCAUAUUGUCCUGUGCUCUGAGGCCUAAUAUUUUGCACACUAAAUGGGGCCAGAUACAGUCAUAAUCUGAUACGCCCGUGAGAUAAAAUAGCUAAAGCUGCGUAACUGCCCUGUAAAAAAACUCUACUUGCUCCUGUUUAAGUGAGAAUUUAAAGCAAUUUCUAACUACUCAGAUCAAAGAUUCUUAAGGGGGAAGGGGAGGAUGUCUUCUGUUUGUACAUAUUUAUUUUCUUUAGCACUGGUAAAUACCACAGCUUGCGUGAAGAGGGUUAAGCAGAUGGCCCGUGACCCAUAGGCUCCUGGUGCUUGUGUUUUAGUGGAUGUUAAACAGAUAUCCUGUAAGACUGAGGUUUUUGGGUUUUUUCUAAUAAACUUUUGUAUAAUUCA